AUGCGUUUCCAAGGCUUUCGGCUAUGUUUGGGUCUUCUUUUCAUCUCAAUUAAUGCAGAAUUUAUGGAUGAUAGUGUUGAGGUGGAAGACUUUGAUGAAAAUUCAGAGGAGACUGAUGAAAAUGAACUCUCCUCAGAGAUUAAAUAUAAGACACCUCAGCCUGUAGGAGAAGUGUAUUUUACAGAAACUUUUGAUAGUGGAAAGCUGGCUGGGUGGGUAUUAUCUAAAGCAAAGAAAGAUGAUACAGAUGCGGAGAUUUCUAUAUAUGAUGGAAGAUGGGAAAUAGAAGAAUUGAAAGAAAAUCGAAUACCUGGUGAUCGAGGACUGGUAUUGAAAUCUAGAGCAAAGCAUCAUGCAAUAUCUGCUGUGUUAGCAAAACCCUUCAUCUUUGCUGAUAAACCUCUGGUAGUUCAAUAUGAAGUAAAUUUUCAAGAUGGUAUUGAUUGUGGAGGUGCAUACAUUAAACUCCUAGCAGACACUGAUGGUUUGAAUCUGGAAAAUUUCUAUGAUAAAACAUCCUAUACCAUUAUGUUUGGACCAGAUAAAUGUGGAGAAGAUUAUAAACUUCAUUUUAUCUUCAGACAUAAACAUCCCAAAACUGGAGUUUUUGAAGAAAAACAUGCCAAACCUCCAGAUGUAGACCUUAAAAGGUUCUUUACAGACAGGAAGACUCAUCUUUAUACCCUUGUGAUGAAUCCAGAUGACACAUUUGAAAUAUUAAUUGAUCAGAUAGUUGUAAACAAAGGAAGCCUACUAGAGGAUGUGGUUCCUCCUAUCAAUCCUCCCAAAGAAAUUGAAGAUCCCAGUGAUAAAAAACCUGAUGAUUGGGAUGAAAGAGCAAAAAUCCCUGAUGCUUCUGCUGUCAAACCAGAAGACUGGGAUGAAAGUGAACCUGCCCAAAUAGAAGAUUCAAGUGCUGUUAAACCUGAUGGCUGGCUUGAUAAUGAACCAAAAUUUAUUCCCGAUCCUAAUGCUGAAAAACCCCUUGAUUGGAAUGAAGACAUGGAUGGAGAAUGGGAGGCACCUCAUAUUUCUAACCCAGCAUGUCGGAUUGGGUGUGGUGAGUGGAGCCCUCCCAUGAUAAAUAACCCGAAAUACAAAGGAAUAUGGAGACCGCCAAUGAUAGAUAACCCUAACUACCAGGGCAUCUGGAGUCCUCGAAAAAUUCCUAAUCCAGAUUAUUUUGAAGACAAUCACCCAUUUCUUCUGACUUCUUUCCGUGCUCUUGGUUUAGAGCUUUGGUCCAUGACCUCUGAUAUCUACUUUGAUAAUUUUAUUAUAUGUUCAGAAAAGGAAGUAGCAGACCGCUGGGCUGCAGAUGGUUGGGCAGUGAAGAUACUGAUAGAAAAUGCUAAUGAGCCUAGUAUAUUCAAACAAUUGAUGUCAGCUACUGAACAGCGCCCGUGGCUUUGGUUCAUUUACCUUGUGACAGCAGGGCUUCCAAUAGCAUUAAUUACUUCAUUUUGUUGGCCAAGAAAAGUAAAGAAAAAAUAUGAUGAAGAUGUGGAUUUCAAAAAACUGGACAUAUGUAAGCCACAAACCAAGGGCGCACUGGAGCAGGAAGUGAGGGAAGAGAAAGCCGCCCUGGAGAAGCCAGCUGACUUGGAAGAGGAAAGAAAGCAAAGUGAUGGUGAAAUUGUUGAAAAAGAAGAGGAAGGUGAACCUGAGGAAAAGAGUGAAGAAGAAAUUGAAAUUAUAGAAGGACAAGAAGAAGGUAAUAAAUCCAAUAAGUCUGGAUCAGAGGAUGAGAUGAAAGAGGCAGAUGAGAGCACAGGAUCUGGAGACGGACCAAUAAAGUCAGUACGCAAAAGAAGAGUGCGGAAGGAGUAA